UUUCGCUUUGUUUUGAUUUACAUUCUAACCUAUUGUCCGAGCACGUACGAAACUUCAAAUUCUUUUAGUUUUCUUAUUAUUUGCUUAUAGCACCAAACAUCAGUUUUCUUCGUUGCCUCACAAGCAGAGGAAUUGAUUUGGAACAUUUGGACUACCUGCCAGUAUACUUUUGAAUUGUUAUAAGUCAAUGUGAGUGAGUUAUAACAUGUUGUGACAAUGAUGGAACUGCAGUGUGACAUUUGUUUUCUCCAGUUUGACCUGGACAACCACCGGCCCAAGGUCUUGCCCUGCGGACACACCAUUUGCAAACAAUGCGUGGAGAACCCCGCACUAGGGAGAAAGUGUCCAGUUUGCAGAAAGAACAUGGCCGUUGGGCCGGACGGUCUUCCCGACAACAUCCUCGCGAUCCGAGCCAUGGAGAAGGAGGCCGAACCGCCCUGCAAGGUGCCCCGACGGGAAGUCCCCGAGGUGAGGCAGCUCCUGCGCGGCGUGGAGGCGGGGAGGAAGCUGGUGCAGGAGCUGCGGCGAGUGGUCCCCAUGGCGGUCAAGGCCCUGGACCGCCAGCUGGACUCGGCGGUCGCCCAGCUCCGCCGGAUGGAGGAGGCUCUCGGGAAGAUGCGGCGAGAGGACGCGGGCGAUGCCGCCGAGGGUCUCACGCCCGACCUGGUGCAGGCGGUGGUGCAGCUGGAGGACAGCGUCCGUCUGCUGUCCGCCCACAAGUGCGGCGUUGUCGCCGAGCACGGCGGAGACACCUGGAGGGCCUCCGGAGUGGAGCUGUCGCCAAACGACCACGCGUUACGCCUUCUGCUGCUGCAGCUGCGGUCGAGCAGCCGAUUGCAAAAGGUUCACGCCGUCGUCGGGCCGCCGAGGCUCUCCGUCCUCUCCAUAGAGAGGGAUGACAUUGACGAUGACAUGAGUUUAAAGGUAGGCGACAUUCUGCAAAACGGCCCGCGCUGGAAAAAUAUCCGCACCCUCCGCAACCUGAACGGUCACAACACGGAGAAGCUGCUCCGCGUCGUGGCCCCGCACCUGGAGGAGCUGGAGAUCAGUUCUGCCGCCCUCAUUGGGGAGAUGGAAGAGGUGCAGAAAAUGACUGCACUGAAAAGACUGCUCGUCGAAUGCGAUGUCGACUGCGACGCCUACCCGGACCUGCCGCUGCAGCUCGAGGAGCUCUCCAUGUGCUUUCCAAGCACAGGCCAGCUGCGCUGUGUCCAGCGCAUGCACAGUCUGCGCAGUCUGCGCAUAGACUUUUACUGCGGCGAUCCCGUCUCCUUCCGGCCCCGGCAGCAGGGCGGGUUGCUGUGGCUAGGCGUGAACAUGAGUGUCGACGACAAGAACACGAUGCUAUCCCUGAUCCGCGCCAACGCCUCCUCCUUGCAAGAGCUGCACAUUGACACUCACGUCAAGGAAGACGGCAACUUCGACCACUAUUUCCCCGAUCUGGGCCAGGACCUGGCGACCUGUGACCUACAAGCCCUGCGCCGGCUUGUUCUAAGACGGCCCAACAGUCACUCUCCGUGCGGAGAGGUCGAUGCGUGCUUGCUGCAGCGACAGACCAUCAGUGGCUUCUUUCCCUCUUGUCUGGAUGUUAUAUGCUAUUCGUGUCAGAAAUCAUAUGUUCUGGGGUAAAGACCGUGUUAUUGGUAUGGCGCGCCGUACCAAUGCUUUGUUAUGUUUAUACUCAUCAAUGACAGUGAUAAAGCCAGCAAAGCGUAUCUUCGGGAUUAUGUUUAGAUUUGUUUUUCUGCACGGCUUGUGUAGUUAUCUUUCGUAAAUAAAAAUGACUCAAUACAUUU